CAAGAUUUUUCCUUCUCGCUCAAACCAACCGCGAACCCGCUGGAUACCUCUCUCUCGCCGAGGUAUUAUAAAAGUCCACCAGAACGCACAGACAUCUGCCAUCUCUCUCCCACACCUCUCCCGAUUCGCUCCGUCUCUUUCCACUGUCGGUCUAGCUAUUUAAAAACUACCCUCCUUUGAAGUAGUGGGAGGGGGUGAUUCCCGAAACGUUAAUACUCUCCACUGAAAAAGUUAGGAAUCAGUGUUUCUCUCGAGUUUGAAAGUGUCGUAUCUUUGCAUACAGGGAGAGCAUUAUACCUACGCGUGGUUCGUGACUGUUGAGUGCUCGUGAUUCUAGUCUAAAUGCAUUUACCUAACAACCAAAACUUAUCGAGAAUGACGGAUAUGUACGCUUCUUUGCAAGAAUCUCUCCAGGAGUACCACGGAGAAUUAGUUCAAACGGGAAGUCCGGCAAUUUUGUGCAGUGUUUUACCGACUCAUUGGAGAUCCAACAAAAGUUUACCCAUAGCUUUCAAAGUGGUCGCUCUCGACGAUGUAGCAGAUGGUACUGUGGUUACCUUGAAAGCUGGUAACGAUGAAAACUAUUGCGCGGAGUUGAGGAAUUGCACUUCCGUGAUGAAAAAUCAAGUGGCCAAGUUCAACGAUCUCAGGUUCGUGGGACGUUCGGGACGAGGCAAAAGUUUGACGUUGACCAUCACAGUCAGCUCACUACCUUACUAUCAAAUGGCCACCUACACGAAAGCCAUCAAAGUGACUGUUGAUGGACCGAGGGAACCCAGAACGAAAUCAAGUUACCAAUAUGGAUACGGGUUGCCAGGACUCCCUGCUGGAUUCAACCCAUUCUUGCUCAACCCAGGAUGGAUAGAUGCUGCCUACAUGUCUUAUGCUUUUCCUGACUAUCUCAGGAGAAGUGCAAAUAUGCCGCAACAACCAAAUGUUCAUCCAUCCUUAGUGAAAGGAUCACCGAUUGGACCAAACGUCCCGCCACCACACGACUUCUACAUCCAGCCUCCUCAAGCUCCGACAGCUCCUUUCCACCACGCACCAAACUACCUGCCAUCGACUCUGCCUCAGUUCCCGCAAGACCUCGCCAAGCUUCCAGGCUUCGACAUGCCUCUGAGGCCCGUGGUUCCCGGUCCCUUGGAGCAGCUCAGCAUGCGGAUAUCGCCUGUUUCCAACAGCCGGAGCGUCAGCCCGCAGUUCAGCGCUCAGGAAACCAGGAUACACUCCACCAUGGACCAGAGCUCCGCGUCAGAAGAGUCUGACGAGGAGGUCGACGUGGUGAAGUCCGCCUUCGUUCCCAUAAAGCCUGCCAGUGUCCUCUUGCAGGAGAUCCAGCACCCCGACUCCACGGUGCAGGAUAAAGAGCCUGUGAGGUUGAAAGGAGAACCGAAGGCUGUCAGUUUGAGGACGCUCAAACACGAGAUCAAGAGCCUGUCUUCUAAUCCGAGUUCGCCGAACACCAAGUUGAACGGUUCGCCGGCUGUGAAUGCUAUCAAGUCGGUUUGGAGGCCGUAUUAGUUUGCAUUAGUGAUUUAGUUGGAGGUUGUUGCAAUAUUGUACAUGGUUUGACGUAAAGCUUUAUUUAUUUGUAAAUAUUGUGUAUAGUGUAUAUUAUAAGAUGUGUUAGCUAUUGACAGAUUUUUUAAAGGUUAACAAUGUACUGCAAAUGUG